CGCUGCCUUCCCCGGGGUCCGCACGUUCGCCCCGGGGUGGACCGACUCUGAGCCCGCCCUACAGCUGGGCUUCGGACCGGCCCCGCGGGAACCAUGAGCCGCUGUCUCGGCAGGGUGGCGGCGCUGCUGCUCGGGCUGCUGGUGGAGGGGGUUACAACUAAGAGAUUGCCUUGAGUCUCAGGAAAGACUUCGACUUUGGACUUUUAAACUGUGUUGAGCCUGUGAAAGCUGCUCUGGCUCCAUGCCUGCCUGCCUGCUGCCUGCUCCCUGCCAUGAUGGUCAUGGACUCUAAACCUCUGCAGCUUGCACAGAGGCCAAAAAACACUGCUGGUAUUUUGAAGGACUCUACCCUACAUACUAUAUAUGCCGUUCCUAUGAAGACUGCUGUGGCUCCAGGUGCUGUGUGCGGGCCCUCUCCAUACAGAGGCUGUGGUAUUUUUGGUUCCUGCUGAUGAUGGGUGUGCUGUUCUGCUGUGGAGCUGGUUUCUUCAUCCGCCGGCGCAUGUACCCACCACCACUCAUUGAGGAGCCCACAUUCAAUGUGUCCUACACCAGGCAGCCACCAAAUCCUGCUCCAGGACCACAGCAAAUGGGGCCGCCAUAUUACACUGACCCAGGAGGACCCGGGAUGAAUCCUGUUGGCAAUACCAUGGCAAUGGCUUUCCAGGUCCAGCCCGGUUCACCCCACGGAGGCACAACUUACCCACCCCCUCCUUCCUACUGCAACACGCCCCCUCCACCCUAUGAACAGGUGGUGAAGGACAAGUAGCAAGAUGCUACAUCAAGGCAGAGGCUGGACAGGCCCCUGUGUGUGUCCUCCCCGUCCUCACUGAUACUUGCUAAUAGGAUGGUCCAAGAGCAAACUGCUCUGAUAUUUUCAAGGCAAGCCCAGUUCUCUUUCAAGUUUUUUGUGGAGGACAUUUGAAUCCACACUGUCUCCUCUGUUGCUUCUGUUUCUGAUGUAGUCUGUGCUCUCUGAGAGAGUGUGGCAGCAGUCCCUGAGGGUUGACAUUCCUUGGGGGGGGGGGGCCAAGGUAGAUCCUCAGGGAGAGAAGCUAAGAGGAAAGGAAGGCAUAGCCUAUGUGUCAGGGGGCAGAUAAAACAGUCAGGCUGAGAUAAAACUCCCAUGAUGCAGUAGUUGGCAAAGAAAUUCCAAGGGCCACUGUCCCAGCCCAUUCUCCUAAUACAAACUGUGGAUGUGCUAGGGAGGCCUGUUGAUGCUGUUUGAUCUCCACUCACAUCCUGAAAACAGGCUUUCCUCUGCAGGAAAAGGAAAGACCCAGGUGCAUGCUACUUCCACUGCAAAAUGAGGGUCAAGAUUCAGGCCCCAGCUGAACAUAAUCUAUAGUUAACUAAAGACCGUUAAAGAGGGGAAUAGCUUUAAGUCAGGGAAAACAGCUCCCUGCUCUAAAUGGAGACAUAGAAUUUUAUGAAUCAUGAUCUGGCUCCAGAUGGAAAAACAUGUUUCUUUUUUCUUUUAGUGCAAUUAUGGAAGUAAGAGUCCUGUCCCUUGAGAUCAAGUGGAGAGUGUGAACUCUUGGGGUCACUGCUCAGAGAGCCCCAGCCCCCUUCCCUUAGGAGUUCUGGUGAUGGGUCUCAUGGACACUUCCGAACAGGGGACACAUUAGGCUGGGUAGUGACAUUGACCCUUGGAGAGGGAGAGAGCAGCCAAAGAAGCCCAGCAAAGAAAGAGCAGCUCUUCUGAGUAAGACCUGGCAUGUAUGUGGUCCUGGCAGAGAUGUGCCGGGCUCAGAAGAGGAGACAUUUGUGGGUAGAACAGUGGAAGCCUUCUUAGUUGCACAGACCACAUAAUCAAAAGUAGAGAAAGAAGGUGUAGUUAGAGCUUCCGUUUCCCAGGUGAGAGUCAGAGCUCACCCAUAGCUUUACAAGUAGUGGAGGGGGUUGUGAACAGUGAGGAGUCAUGUUCCCUUGCGUAGUUAGUCAUGUUGAUAGGUAUUUAAACCCAGAGUGAGACCUUGUGUAGUAAGAGCAAGGUGGUGUAGGUAAGAUGUCUAGAGUAUUUAUGUGUAUUAUGGUGGGAACUGGGGCUGCAAGUAAAAGGAGUGGCAUUUUAAAUGAACU